AUGUCCUGCUGGUUAUUUCUGCCCCCCUGGGACCUCCGAACUGAUGACACAAGAUUCCAGGGAGUCUCAGAGCUCGUGUCCCCAGGGACAGCUGUGUGCCAAGCAGUGCCCACCAGGGCAGUGGACAACCCACCUUGUGCCCACCUCACACCAUGGCAGCUGCCCCGGGAGCCAAGCAGCAAGAGGAAUGUGGGCCUUGCCCUGCAGGGCGUUGGUGCAAAGCCGGAGACCCGGCCACCCACCCCUGCCCUGCUGGCCACUACUGCCCUGGAGGGAGUGAGACCAGCCCAGGACGCCCUCAGGCCUGCCCUGAGCAUACCUACCUGGCUGCAGAAGGAGGCCAGAGUCUGGCAGAGUGCCUCCCCUGCCCUCCUGGCUACCUCUGCCCAUCCCCAGGUGCUGUGGCUGAGGUCACCUGUAGGGCUGGCUCCUACUGCGAGGGCCAGACAGGGACCCCCCCACCUUGCCCAGCGGGCUAUGCCUGCCCUGCUGGCUCCUCCACCUACACUGGCCCAGGGCAGCUGGUCUCAGAGGAGACUUGCUGCCGCCUCUGUGAAGCAGGCACCUACCGCGGCCCGGCUCUGGACACCCCAGCCUGCCAGCCCUGUCCCCCUGGAUUCAGCUGCCAUCAGGGAGCAGAGAGCUACCACAGCCAGCCCUGCCCAGUGGGGCACUACUGUCCAGCCAGGACCCCCAGCCCCAGGCCCUGCCCGCCAGGAACCUUUAGGAACAGCAGCCGGGCAGGGGCAGCUGGAGAGUGCCUGCCAUGCCCCGAAGGCACCUUCAGUGCGCGGCCUGGCCAGGCUGGCUGCCUCCCCUGCGGGAGCUCUGCUUUCUCUCCACCUGGUGCCUGUGAUGGGCUAUAGCGUUUCUCUAUCUCCAGGUGCCUCCCACUGCACAUGUCGGGGCCUGAACAGGGUCUUCCAGAAGUCAGAUGGCUCCUGCAUCUGCCAGGCAGGACAUGAGUCCUACAGCAGGAGGGGCCUGGAAAGUGAGGAGAGCAACAGUGAUGAGGACUGUCAGCCCCAGGUGGCUGAUCGCUGCUCAGCUGGAGAAGUACGCCUGGCCGCCACCCGCAAGUGUGUGUCCCCCCAGCUUCACAACUGCUCCUCUGUCUGCCACCCAGUGGAUGGGAAGCUCAACGGUGAACUGGGCAUCUGCCAGUGCCAGGAAUACGUUUCAGCAGAAGAGCUCUGUGAUGCCCAGUGUCUGGCUAAGGCCCCCCAACUUUCCCUGGCCUGGGGUUCCAACAGGGAGCUGAUCCUCAGCGUGAAGGGCAAGGCUGGAGACAGUGACCAAAGGGAAGUAUCGAGCACUCUGGGCCCAGACCAGUUCUUCCAAGAGAAUGCCAGGGUCCAUCUGGUCCAGUGUGGCCCCCAUGGCAUCUUCGGCUUUGUCAUCUCCAGAGUGGACAUGCUUGGCGCCUUCCUCUUUGAGCCACCUGUAUCCAGCCGCUGGCUGCAAAGGCAUCAUCGGACUACAGGCCUGGAGCACCCUGUCCCUCAGGACCCUGGCAUCCGUCUCCGUAUUCCAAACCCAGUGAUCUGCCUGACAGAGGGUGAUGUGAUUCUUUUCCAGCUUCAUAUUCUUCCCCACAGUCGCUCCGCGAGUCACUACCCUGUGUACCAGAGGCAGCAUUUGUUCAACAGCAACCCCACCUGGGACUUUGGGACCUUCAGGAGACUCGGCCACCUAGUGCGAGAGACUCACCUCAACUUCUCGAGGUUUGCCCACCAGUUCCUAGAUCCGGGCACGUAUGUGUUUCGAGACAACGGGCUGCCUGAGAGCACCAUCGUGGUGCUGGUGAAGAAGAGAGGAGUGGCCUGCGACCCCGGCCUGUCCCCCGUGCAGCCCUCCUCCCCGUAUCAGCUGGCCAGGCACGGGGUCCUCAGGCACAGCCUGCCAAACCUGGGCCCAGACUGGACGGUGAUCACAGGGGUGCUGCUGGCUGUUGGCUCUGCAACCGUGCUGCUCACAGGCCUGGGCCUUGUGCUGAGACCCUCCCUGGCCCAGGCCUGCCCCGUAAGGGCUUGGAAGCCCCAGUGGAGGGGCCUUGGGGAGCCUCAUGUGCCUGCUGAGUAUGUGCCUCUCAGGGACAGCCUGCUGUUCUAUGAAGACCUCGGUCCGCAGUUCUCUAGGGAAGGAGCUGAUUCCGAGGAGAAAGCCGUUACCUGGGACACAGGAGAACCACUCUCCUUGGAGACUCUGGAGGACUUCAGCGUCCGUACUCUCUACGACAAGCUAGAGGACCAGAGCCUACACGUGGCAGCCCAGCUGAGCAAGCACAGGAGCGAGGCACUGGCCUUCUACAGGGGCGCCAGCCAGCAGCUCCAGGGGCUCCAGGACUUUCUGCAGCACCUUGGCACAACUGAGCGGCAAGCACUGGGCAAGGAUGGAGACCCUGAGGUGGAGGCCAAAGCUGCCGCCAGAACAGACACCGAGCAGAGUGAGGAAUUGUGGGGCCUCCACGCUGCAACUUCACCCAGGGGGCCCUGGCAGCUUCCUCUAGGCUGCACCCCCAGCGUCACACCCCUGGGCUUUCAGCCCGAGCUUGACAGAGCGAUUGUGGCACUGGCUUCGGCGCUCUCUCAUGCACAUGCGCAACCAUCUGGGGCCAGCAGAAAGGUCUCUGUUCAGGUUGGUGAAGAGCCUCUUCCUACCUGUCAGCAAAACCUUCAACUGGCAAGUAACAUGCCCCUGAAGCCACAGCCUCCCCCCUUGGAUGAGGAGCACCAAAGUACAAGCCUCCAGCAGGACCUGGGGCCAGGACAGCUUCCCCAGCACGCUGCCGAAGAAGGGGGUACAGAGGGCCCAGGCUCUAGGCUGUGGAUCCUUGGGGCUGGACACAGACAUGAAGCCUUUCCCGAGAUGCAGAGAAAGAUAUGGCAGGUGGAAGACACUUUGGAUGAGCUGAAUGAGGAGUUCUUCCAGCUCACUGCUCACGCCCUAGAACUCCAGAAGGAAAAGGACAAACCAGGCCAACCGCCCCCAAGCGAAGGCAGGACGUUUGUGGAGGUUCCCAACAUCUUCCCUGGCGUGAGGCAAGAAGACAGACCCUACCCGGCAGAGGCCGGUGGCCCGGAUGGAGAGAAUCUGGGGACCUGGGCCUUGAAGAGAGAGGAGGCCCUGAUGCUGGAAGUGAGAAGAGCCCACCUGGCUCAGAGGAUUGAAGACCUGGAAUGGGAGCUGUCUCUGCUCCUCCAGGUGGCAGAUGGCAGCAGGUGUACAGAAGGGAGUCGGCCCGGCCUGGGGACCCGCUGAGUCACACGAGAUGCUGCAGUGGCCAUUUGCAGGAGUGCCUUCUCCAUGGAGAGCACAACCAGGUUAACCCAUUCACUCCUGGUAGGAAGGAGUGGGUGUCUCAGGGGCCACCGGGGCCUGAAACAUGUGCUCAGAUUUAUGACAUGGUCCUUUUGGGCAACACCCAGAUUUCUUUCAGAGCCUGGACCUUGGCUUGUGCUGAUUUCUGUCUGAUAUACUUUGGGGUGAGGGAAA